AUGGCUGAUUACAACAAGCCUUUGCCACUCACUCCAGGCGAGAUUGUGCGAUCCAUGUCAACACAUCAUCAGCAGCCCUCUCAGCGUCCCUCUCAGCCUCGCGUUUCAGAUUCACACACCACCUCGGUUGCUGCUAGACCAACAGGAGUCAUGAACUCUUUGUCACACAGCCAAGCCAGCCGCGGUGCCUAUCCUACCACGAGAGCCUCUGUCCCUGCCAGACACCGAUUCUUGCCGCCCUGGGCUUCCGGUGAUCAGCACGCCGCAAGCACGGCAGAUCCGCAGAAGCCUACCGAACACCCGUCUCCGCGUCCUUUCUGCCUUGGUACGAGUACUCUGGAAGAUCCAUUUAUAGAUCCACCAGCACUUACUCCACCCCCUCGACCCUCUGCACCCGUCCCUUUCAAUUUGUCUGCCAGCGAUGCAGCUGGUCACCGUGGUACACAGGCACGAGAAUUCCUGAAUACGAGUACUCUGGAAGAUCCAUUUACAGAUCCACCAGCCCUGACUCCACCCCCUCGACCCUCUGCACCCGUGCCUUUCGAUUUGUCUGCCAGCGAUGCAGCUAGUCGCCGUGGUACACAGACACGAGCAUUCCUGAAUACAGGUUUCUACGGCUCACAAGGCACACACCCAACCGCUGGGCUUCAACCCCCACCCCGUCCGAAGCUUCGACGUGCUACACUAGCCUUUAUUCCACCUCCACACUCAUUUGUCCAGAUACCAGUCAGCCACGUCGCAUCGAAUGCUAGUCUUCGUAGCCCCCAGGCUGGAACGUCCCCAAAGACUGGUCAUGGUCGCUCACAGGCAGCAACAAACUUCAAUGGCGAGGUCAGCGCUGAUGGGAGCGCAGUCGACGACCGUUGGGCUCCUGCUCUACCUGUAUCAGCUGCUGGAAUCCCAGGUGCAGACCAUGCCGCAGGGGUUCCUGAAGCACAACAUGCAGCUGGGUCGACAUGGUCCAUGAAGAAAAUUGUCAGCUUUGAGGAACCACUUGAGUCGAAGGAAGUCAAUGCCGAAACACCAGACAAACAACAACAUGACAACAAGACUAGAGAAGGUAGCAUGAACAAACUCAGAAGUCACCUCAAGAAUUCGAAUUUUUUCCCCUUCUCCCAGCCCAGCAUAGAAGAAAAGGUCAAUGCGUGGAUGGAGACAGUCGAACCUGACGCUGAAGUCAUGCCUUACCAAGAAGAUGUCAAUGAAGCAUUCGGACAUGACUCAGAAGAAACCGACGAAGGAGCGCGACUUGAGACCGAACCAGUCAAAGACGAACCAACUUCUGAGAUGAAAGAGGAAGAGGCCGAAAAGGGGUUGACGCCUGAGAUACAAAACUCUCAUGAAGAAAUGGCGCCUGAGACGGAAGAACACGACCCUUCCCCGGAGCCCCCGCCCUUGGUUUCACUUGAUCCAACCAACCAAGCCCGAAUUCUGUCGACGUUGCAACUCAUGCUCCGAACCACGGCAAGCAACUUCCUCGUCAACGAGGCCGGGGCCGGCAGACUCCGCCCCGAGACAAUUCGGGGAGUCCAAGGCGAGUGGGCAGCCUCCGGCGGCCGGCGGCCGGUGCUCGACUUCCUCUACCCAACCGACCUCCAGGUCAAACUUGUCACUGCAGACCGCCGCAGAUUGAUCUUCGGGGCGCCCAACUUCAACAACUUCGACUGGUUGCUGGAGGCAACUCUCGAGCAGUGGCUCGAGAUUGCCACUCACAUGGACGCCUGGAACUACUGCUCGCCAGACAAGGAGAUCCUGGCAUGGAUCCACGGACUCACCACAGUCCUCACCAUGCUCAACGCCCCCGAGGCCAGCCUCGGGGAGUUGAGGGCUGUGGCGGUCUGGGCCGUGAGAGUGAUCGCCGCGCGCAAGGCGGCCGGUCUCGGGCGCACUCUGUAG